CGACAGACAGCCGGAGCUCCUCACACACACACACACACACUCACACACACACACACUCACACACACUCCUUCCUGAAGCCCCACCGCCCCCGCCAUGGCCGCGUCCACCCUGUCCGUCUGCUCCAGCGACCUGAGCUAUGGCAGCCACGUCUGCCUGCCCGGGGCCUCGGACUCCUGCCCCGACUCCUCCUGGCAGGUGGACGACUGCCCAGAGAGCUGCUGCGAGCCCCCGUGCUGCACCCCGGCCCCCUGCCUGACCCUCCUGUGCAGCCCCUGCCAGUCGGCCCGCACUGGCUCCUGCUGCCGGCCCGCCUGUGGCCCCUCCUCCCCCUGCCAGGGACACUGCUGCACCCCUGUGUGCUGCAAGUCUGUCUGCUGCACCCCUGUGUGCUGUAAGCCCGUCUGCUGCACCCCUGUGUGCUGCAAGCCGGUCUGCUGCACCCCUGUGUGCUGCGAGGACUCCCCCUGCACAACGUCUUCAUGCUGCCAGCCAUCCUGCUGCACCUCCUCCCCCUGUCAGGAAGACUGCUGCACCCCUGUGUGCUGUAAGCCCGUCUGCUGCACCCCUGUGUGCUGCAAGCCCGUCUGCUGCACCCCUGUCUGCUGCGAGGAUUCCCCCUGCUCAGCCCCCUCCUGCUGCCAGCCCAGCCCCUGCUGCAGACCCUCCUCUUGCGUGUCCCUGCUCUGCCGCCCCAUGUGCAGACCCGCCUGCUGCACCCCUGUGUGCUGUAAGCCCGUCUGCUGCACCCCUGUCUGCUGCAAACCCGUCUGCUGCACCCCUGUGUGCUGUGAGGACUCCCCCUGCACAACCUCUUCAUGCUGCCAGCCGUCCUGUGGCCCCUCCUCCCCCUGCCAGGGAGACUGCUGCACCCCUGCGUGCUGCAAGCCCGUCUGCUGCACCCCUGUCUGCUGCAAGCCCGUCUGCUGCACCUCUGUCUGCUGCAAGCCCGUGUGCUGCACCCCUGUCUGCUGCAAACCCUCCUCCAGUGUAUCCCUGCUCUGCCGCCCCGCGUGCCCCCGCCCCGCCUGCUGCGCCCCUGCCUCCUCCUGCUGCCGCCCGGCCUCCUGCGUGUCCCUGCUCUGCCGCCCCGCGUGCCCCCGCCCUGCCUGCUGCGGCCCUGUCUCGGGCCAGCCCUGCUGCUGAUCGGCUCCAGCUUCUGCCUC